AUAGGUAUAAAAUGUAUAUGUUAAACAACAGUUUAAAUAUCGCUAUAUAAUAUAAGCUGCUUUGUAGCCUGGGUCCUCCCUUUAGUGUGUCCUCUGGAAACACUUCUCCUGUCGUCCAUGCAGUUCGGAUAUGUUGUUUUCUAGCUAAUUUUUCCAUAUGUUUCAUUAAGCUGCAGUGUUUUGAACUGAAAGGGCCACAACACUACUCAGCUACACGUUGAACUUGUUGCGUCUCCAUAUUUUGCGUCAUAACAACAAGUCGGACCAGCUUUAAAAAUAACAGUGCAAGCCUUUUUGUUCUGUUGUGAUUACGAAAGGAAAAGUAGAUGCCAUGGGUUACAACAGACAGAGAGCUCAAUCAAACUACUGUCUCGCAUUCAUUUGUGUCAUUUGAGGUAUACUGUUUACUUUGGAAUUGUCAUCUUUAACUUCAAUACAAAAAAAAAUCACUUUCUUAUGUAUACACUGAGAUUUCACAAAAUGUUUGGUCAUGGAAAUUUGGUUUAAAGUGAAUGAAAAGUCAGGGAAAAGUCAUUGAAAUCCAUUAGUCAAAAUGUGUAUGAACGCUUUAAAUUGUAUUUCUUGUUUCUUAUCAGAUUGUGUCUUUAUCGUGAAUAUUAUUUUGCUUUUACUGAGGUUUUAAUGUUAUUUUUAUCAUCUAUAGUCUGUUGCAACUUCACAGGUGACACUGGAUUUACAAAAGAAACAUACACCCAUGGAAACCUGAAAAAUGACACCGAUUCUUCAAAGCUUGUAAUUUAAUUUACCAACAUUUUUUUCUUCCGGUGACCCUUCUGCCCCAAGUUUCAUUUGCAUUUUUCCCGUAGCAAACGAUGGUGUUUCUGAAUCAGCAUUUUUCCAGCAUCUUAAGACAGAGAGAGAGAGAAACCGGAUCAUCUUUUUCAUUGUGUGUGUGCUUGUGUGCAGAAGGCUACACCCAGCAGGAGAAAGAGGGCUGCAACAUUUUUUGCAUAUCCAAACACUUGGGACAGGUUUAAAGCAGGGAGUGUCCUCACAGCGGAGAUGCCACCCGGGUCAGGCGCGUUUCAUACCGUUUCCUCUCACGUACGGAUAGAAGGCGUCUGAUUUGUUGCAGAUAUGAAAUACAAAGUUGCUUUGAACCUUGUGGCUGGACUGAUUAUCCUCCUAAUAAUAUGGCAAAUCAACCCAUUUAAUUCUGGUGAUAUAGCAGCAGAACUUGAUGGAUAUGACGAAAAUGAUCACAGGAAACUAAAGGUGAAUGAAGAACUUUCAGGGUUGGAUUCUGCGACGGCAAAGUGCGGCGUCUCCAAACCCUGUCGGCCGGGUCACUUUGCCUUUCGCAUCCGGAGUGGAGCCGCUAAUACGAUCGGACCGAAGAUCUGCUUUGAGGGUAAAACUAUCAUGAGCACGGCGCGCAAUAACGUGGGAGGAGGACUGGACAUCGUGGUGGCAAAUGGUCAAACUGGAGUUGUGGAGAACGCUCGCAUUCUCAACGGAAGCCCGCAAGAAACCGUGUCAUUCCUGAGAGACAUUAAACCUGGGAUGAUUGUUCUGGUGGCCUCUUUUGAUAAUGCAAACGGAAUGACGGAUGAAAUCAGGAACAUAUUCUCCGGAAUGGGGAGCUCCAAGGCCAGGUCUAUCAAGUUCCGGGACAACUGGGUGUUUGCAGUAAGAACAGGGAUGGAAAGCACGCUGCACUUUGAGAAGAUAACUGUUACCGAUGACAAAAACAACCUUUAUGACGGAUGGCCAGAAACGGCGGAGGUGGAAGGCUGCUUCUCAAGUAUCGUUGGACAAGCAUACUUGGUUGAUGUCUGAAUGGAUGAACGGCAGGAAAAGACUUUUGUGUUGGACUUUUGAGACCAUUGUGAUGCCAAUCAAAUGUGUUACCCUCUUUCUCAAACUUAACAUUUUAAACUUGGUGUGGCUGUGGCUGCGGGGUUUAGCGGUCGUCCUCCAACCAGAGGGUCUGCAGUUCAAUCCCCAGUCUUUCCCAUCUGCACGCCGAAGUGUCUUUGGCAAGAUCCUGAUCCCCUUAAUGACCUCAGAUGUUAAAUACACUAGCUGUAAGUGGCACUUAUCCAAAUGAGGUGUAAUGUAAUGUGACAUCUGCUCCGCUGUAUCUGACAUGUCUCUUUUAUUGUUGUUGGGUUCUUUUCCAUUGAUCCUGAAGAUUCUGGAGAACUCUGAAUAUUUUUAUUGAAUUACUUAUUUAUUUAAAAAGUAAAAGUACAUCAGCAAAAAGUGUCUCUCCCCCCCACACAACUCUGUGCACUCUUUUUAUUCCAGCCACUGUUUUCUCUUUCCUCCUAAAGGCAGAGAAUUCUUGAACCAAAUGCAAACAAAGUCUUUAAAAAAUGAAGGCCUUGGCAGCACUGUGGAGAGUCUUGUGCCUCUGAGACUGUUUAUCCCAUCACGUCCUAUUAAUUCUUCUCCAAAGUGUGAGAUUUAGCCAAACAGCAGGACUCUCAGCUCAUCGACCAAACAGCAGCAGACUUAGACUUGUCGUCUCAAAUGCCUCUUGUCGUUCGCAUUUCAUCAGCCGUUUGCUGUUUCCGAGCUCGGGUGAAUAGAGAUGAAACUUUUAUACAAUUAUCACUUUUCUGCAGUUUUUUUUUUUUGGCAACUAAUGCAAAUGCAACAUUGAGACGUUAUCAUCCUGCUGAGAGCACAGAUUAUAGUUUAACACAACAUAAUCAUACAGGUAAAAAUAGAACAAACCGACUGAGCCCUUUUUUUUUUAUUCAGCGGUGGAAUAAUUCCGGUUUGACAACUGUUAACGCUUCAGCAAAUGCGUCACUCAGUGGGAGCAGAAAGUAUGCUGUGAUUAAUGAGAUUUGUUAUUAGUCAGCUUUGUGUUUGCAGGAAAAUCAAUUGUUAGCCCUGUAUCACACUACAUGACACAAAGCACAAUGUGUUAUCUCCGUUCAGUGAGACAUGCCUGACUGGGACUGAUAAGGAAUCUCAAAAUAUUCAACGUGGCAUGUUGAUUUCUGUACCAGUACAGUCAUCGGUCAAAUAUUGAUGUUGUGAGCAGGAGGUGCAAUAAUAAGAAAAGGGUCAUCAGAAGUCCUAAUGUUCUGCGAUGCUUUAAUUAGUCAGAAAUAAAGUGUGCACUGGUGAUUUUCAAAUAAAAUGUUCCCCCUGGAAGCAG